UUGCAUUUCGCAAGGGAAUGAAAAUUGAAGGAAAAAAACAUCUUGAAAAAAACAUUCAGCCUUAUUUUUUUCGGAGCGUUUGUCCCAAAUCUCAAAUAUAAAAACACUGAUUAAAAAUUCAAACGAGAAAAAGAAUAAACCAGACAUUCUAAGCUUGACACUCGUUCGUAUUCUUCUCCUUGCACUGAAAUUUCAAAAUGUCAAUGGCAAACGAAUCCAGUUGGGUAGGAAGAAAAGCCGUGAAGCGAAUCGGUGGAAUGUCCGACGCUCUAUCAAUUGCCGCCGAUCUCGGCUUCCCCGUCUCAUCACCAUCACUUUCAUCUUCAUCUUCAUCUUCCCCCCAUGAACCGCCUCAGAGUUCCUCCCCAACAACCGCCGAAAAGGGUGAAGACUUAAUUAGGGUUUUGAGAGAAUUAACUUCCGUUCAAAAGAAAAUUGCUGAUCUGCAAGUUGAACUUCAAGGACGAAAGGAUGAUAAAAAUGUUGCACAUUUGACACAUGUGAGUGAAAUGAAGAAGAAGAUUGAAACCUUGUCGAGGAUUACUACUAUUCUUAAAGAUGUUAUUCAUAACAAGGAUCGGAUAAUUGCUCGUCUGCAACAACCGUAUUCCCUGGAUUGCAUUCCUGUUGAAGCAGAAUUUCAGAAAGAUUUCUCUGAACUACUGAUGAAAGCAGCUAGUGAUUAUGGUGCCUUGACAGCCUCGGUGGCAGAUUUUCAAUGGAGUCAGAAUUUUAAGGAACCUCCUUCAGUUUGGGGGGAGAUGCUACGACCUAUUCCUGUAGCGUUGGCAUCUUGCACUCGAUACUUCGAAGCCAUGUCAGCCAAAAGAGAGUCAUUUUCAGCACUUCAAAAAAUGAGAGUGGGACAGUUUGAUUCCACUGUGCUUAGAACACCGGCCAGAGAUCCUUCCCAAAGACUGCCAGGAGUAUCUGAUUCUCUGACUUCACUUCCAUCAGAAUAAUGGUACACGAUAAAGGAUCCUGUCUCUUGGUUAUCAAAGAUCCAUCUGUCUCUUGUGUGAGAUAUCAUACUUCAAUCGCUUGUGCGUAUCAAAUAUUCAUGGAAUACCUCUUUUCUAGAAUGUUUAUUACACGGCAAAGGAUAUUUUGUUAAAAGGGUUCUUUAUGUUUGUUUGAGAAGUGAAUUGAUCGGUGUAAACUACAACUUGGAAUAUAGCAUCAACCUUACUCUAUUUUUUGUGUAAACAAAUUUCAUAACUCAAUCUUCUGGAAAAAUAUUAGGAUGAA